AUGGCAAACAUUAUCUGCCAGUCACGUGACUGUGAUGUCUAUUGUCUGGAGUUGGAUGAAUUGGAUGGUUUACAGAUAGUGGUGAAAGGUCAUAAAUAUGACAAUGUUAACAAAGACUUAAACGAUCACAGCGGAAGCAUCAGUAACACAGAAACAUGCAUGAUUCAAUCUGCACAAAAUUUUAAAUAUUUUCCAUCAAUUUCACAAGCUGAAAAAUCAAAAGGUGGUGUAGAAAAUAUAACUAAACAAACAACUCCCUCAAAUACCAAGCAGACGGAACGAAGAAGAAAUCAGUUACAGCGAUGUUUAUUUACAAAUAACAGACCUGCAACACAUUUGCAACCCGAAAUUCACUGUGCCCACUUGAAAAUACAUGAGUGGUGUCAAAACGUUAAAUCAUCAACCAAUGGUGAUAACAUACUGACGCUUCCAUCAACUUCUAUCACAACAAGUGCAACUCAACAAAUGUGUUCUAUCGUUCCUAAAACAACACUUCCGUCAACUGGUGUUAUCGCCAACACGAUACAAAGGUCUUCUAGCAUUGCAAAUACGACAGUCGGAUCAAGUCUAACUCCGAAAAACUUAUUUGACCAAGAAAUAACGCAGUGUUUACCUUUAUUAGACUCUGAAAUCAUGCCAACAACUCUGGAAAACUUUGUCGACCACAAGACAACAAAGUGUUUACCUUUAUUAGACUCAAAAGUCAUGCCAACAACUCCGGAAAACUUUGUCAACCACGAAACAACACAUUAUGUACCUCCUGUUGACCUUAAAAACAUGUCAGACUCACUAUCAAACUCUGGUGGCUUAAAUAAUCCACGAGCAUCAUCUAAUGUCAACACUCAGUCAUCAGUUUCUUCCAAUGUAAACCAAAAACAUCAUUCUACACGUCAUUCAUUUGGCUCAAAUAUAUACUCAUCGUCAACUCAUCUUAGUGCCAAACCACGUCGACCAAAUAUUAAACCGAGACCAACUUGUGUUGGUUGCAACAUGACACAGCCAACUUCUGGUAUUAAUUGUAAUACAACUGUAUCAUCUAAUAGUGGUCGUCGUGAUGUACAUUCCAAAUGUCAAGCCGACACUGAUUCAAGUGAAUGUAAUAAAGGCAAGAAGCUGUCUAGUCUUAGGAAUUAUCUAGACCGUCCCUAUAACUGUUCGACAUGUUUAAGUAGGUUUAUACGGAAGUACGACUUAGACAGACAUACGAGGAUGCAUUCAGGUAAUAAGGCUUAUCAAUGUCAAGAUUGUGGAAAGAAGUUUCCCGAGAACUAUCGUUUACAAUCUCAUCGCAAGAGACAUAAAAGUUCAUAUCAGUCUGAAUGUCCCGUCUGUGGAAAACUGUUUCUCAAACAUUUGACUCUAAAAACUCAUAUGAAAAUACAUAAGUGGCGUGAAAGUAUUUAG